GCAGCGCGCGAGCACCAACCGAACGCACACGCGAAUACAACCAGCACGCGCACGAGCUCCUGCGCCACCCAGUGCCAUCGCGUCGCCGCCGCGCCCGCCCCGCGCCCCCGUCCAUGGCGUCCGUGUCCACGGCGCCGCGCGCGCCGCUCCCCGCGGCCGCGUCCUCCCCGUCCUCCGCGCGGCAGCUGGAUCCGAACCCUAGCGGCGGCCGGUUCCUCGCCGCGCGGCGCCUCCGCGCCGUGCGACGCCUCGCCGGCGCGGCCCCCUCGCGGCGCGCGCCGGUGGUCUGGUGCUCCGCGCGGAGCCCCGACGCGGACGCCGGCGGCGAGCGGCGCCGGCGGGGUUGGGACGCGAUGCUCCACGACGCGUUCCAGGGCGCCGUGCGGCGGUGGAGCGAGUACGUCAGCAAUUACUGGCCCCCAGCGCCCGCCGCGAAGGAGGCAGGUACGGGGAAGAGGGUUGGGAGUUCUCACGAAGAGGACGCGAUGAGUGGGGAUGAAGAGGAGAGUAAGGCGGAGGAGGAAGAGGGGAAGUGGAGCUGGGAGAUGUGGAAGCGGCACUUUGCUCUCAUUGAGGAGAGCGAGCGCCUCGUUGAUGAGCUACAGCUACAACUCCGAACUGCUAUUUAUAGAGAAGACUAUAGGAGUGCUCAUAAACUGAAGCUGGCUAUUGCGGCUACGGCAAGAAAUGACACUGUGGGCAGGGCUAUCUCUGACUUAAAUAGGGCAAUAGAAGAGGAGCGCUACAGGGAUGCAACAUAUAUCAGAGAUCAUGUUGGUGCAGGACUGCUGGGGUGGUGGUCUGGAAUUUCUGGAAAUUUGUCUGAUCCAUAUGGUCUUAUAAUUCGUAUAAGUGCUGAACAUGGUCGAUAUGUUGCAAGAAGUUAUGAUACAAGGCAACUGGCUUCAGAUGGCCAUGGUUUUCCUAUAUUUGAAAUAUACUUUGCAGAAGCAAAUGGAGAAUACAAACUGCAGGCAGUGCAUCUGCGACCAGAUGAUAGUGAUUCUGACCAAUUGCCGAAGAUGUUAAGAGAGAAACUUGGCAUUGAUAGUAUAAACAUAUCUAGCAGUUCAGUAGGGUCUAAGCAUGAAGAAUUCGAUGGAAGUGUAAACAUUGAUGAUCAAGAUAAUGAUGAUAGUAAUAUUACUGCUGGUGGCCCAGCUGGUUUGAAAAACUUGUCAAGCGAUUCAACUGCCAUUCCCAGGAUUAAAAUCUUGAAAGUGGUACCCAUGGAAAAUGUCAACCAAGACUACAUAAUCAAUAUUUUUGAUCAAAUUUCGGAGGAAGAUGAUGACCAUGAUGAUUCUGAGGUCGAAAAUGAAUCUUCACAUGAUAUUGGUAAUGGAGAUAACACUGAAGGAGCAGAAACAGUUUCUGCAGAAGAGAAUGGUGAUGAAUCUGGAGAUGAAAAUGAUAUUGAAGCCUUGAUUUCAAUUGAUUUUGUCAGUGAGAAUAACAACGAUUAUGCUUCCCAUUCAUCAGCCGCAGCAUUUGAAAGAAUGCCAGCUAGAUUAGAAAGAACAGAUCGCUUCUCUUUUUCCUUCUAUAUUGAAGAAUACAAUAAAAAACUAGAUGCGGGAAAAAGCCAGCAGACUUCAAACAGAACAGUUGGUCUGCAUACCAGUCAGCAGGAUGAUGAUGGUUUUGUCCAGCUUGAUCGUUUAAAGUUGAGUGGCAGCAACAAGAAACUAUCGAUACUACAACUUGGCAUCAAACAACAUAAUAACAAGGUUCAGCAAAAACUGCAUGGAGUUACCCACUUCAGUCGUAUUCAGGCGCCUAUAUCUUCAGAUCCUCUUAACGGUUUAUAUGUGACUGCAUCAGGAAUUGACUCAGAAAUUAUUAGUUUGCAACGGAAAUUUGGUCAAUAUCGGGAGGAUAAUUCGUCAGAGGAGCACAGUGACCUACUGUUCUAUGAGUAUGUUGAAGCUGUAAAAUUAACAGGGGACAACCUUGUGCCAGCGGGUCAGGUUGUGUUCCGUGCAAAAGUUGGUGAGCGCUAUCAACUUCCUCAUAAGGGAAUCAUCCCAAGAGAACUUGGAGUGGUUGCUAGGUAUAAGGGACAAAGGAAAAUUGCAGACCCUGGUGUCCAAAACCCUCGAUGGGUUGAUGGGGAGCUUCUGAUACUUGAUGGAAAGUUCAUCAGAGAUGGUCCUGUGAUAGCUUUCUUUUACUGGACAUCAAAUUUUCAUCUUUUCGAAUUCUUUAGGCGGUUGAGGCUUCCUGACUAGUUCCCUUCUAAGAGAAGUAGUUGCAGCUGGUCAUUGCGAUCCUCACAUGUACAUAGUUGACUUUGGCGCCAACUGGAGUCUGGGCUGCUCUUACAGACCCCGAACAGGACUUCCAAUGCGGAGAAUAGGGCGCUGGAUGUCGCUCGAAUUUAUUUGGCUUGUGCAUCCACUCUGAAAAUCUGCAGUAAGCGUGAAAAAAGAGCACAAAACAGAAUAUCUUAAUGUCAACAUGGAUGAGCGGUGUGCAUUUCUGCUCAGCUCGUCAACCGGGUCAGGAAUUUGACUGCAUAAAAACUGCAGUCCCUGUGUUUCGCAGAAAAAGUAGAAUUAAAGGACCUAGUAAGGUAAAGUUAUGUGGUCACAAAUAAUCCAAGGUUUUGAGCGUAUCUUGGUAUGUAAAAAAACAACCUUUUUUUCAGUAUGAUCAAAUAAUUGAGCUAAAAUUAACAGUGCCCACCCUGACUGUACAUGUACUUCAAUCAGCAGCAGAGGCGUAGACUGAUGCGCAAAUGCAACUCAACCCAGACUUGUUAAUA